GGUGCCUAGAGGCGCGCUGGGCUCUGCGGCUCCAGCUCGCGCGAAGCCUGUUGCUCGCCUCUGCGGGCCGCCGCUUCCCGCCAGGUGCCCCGGGGCCGGCGGCCGGAGGGGCUGAGGCGCGCCGGCAGCCCCCAGCCCUCUCCCUGUCCCCGCGCUUCUCCUAGACCGGGCUUCUAGAGCGCCGACGCCGGAGAGCCUUCCAGUGCGCCCCGGACUGCGCGCCGAGAAUCCCCGGGCGCCGAGCGGCGAUGAACUCCACCUUCCUGAACCACAGCGGCCUGGAGACAGCGGGUGGCUUGGGCGGCGGCGGCGGCGGGGCUGCGCUGGGGAACCGCAGCCACGGGCUGGGCACGUGGCUGGGCUGCUGCCCCGGGGGCGCGCCGCUGUCCGCCAGCGACGGGGUCCCCGCGGGGCUGGCACCGGACGAGCGCAGCCUGUGGGUGUCGCGCGUGGCGCAGAUCGCCGUGCUCUGCGUGCUGUCGCUCACUGUGAUCUUCGGCGUCUUCUUCCUGGGCUGCAACCUGCUCAUCAAGUCCGAAAGCAUGAUUAACUUUCUGAUGCAGGAGCGCCGGCCUUCCAAGGACGUGGGCGCUGCCAUCCUGGGGCUGUACUGAGCGCCGCCUCUGCCCGCCCUCGUCAGCGCGACUGGAAGACCGAGGAGAGCCCAGGACCCUAGAUCCUCCUUCCCGAGCUCUGCCGCCGCCGCCUCCGGGAGGGCAGCUCGAGGGGCUCCCCCCAUCCCCGACCCGCAAAGCGCCACGGGGCGCCCACCCCCAGGACACUGCAGGACUCCAGGCGGCGGCGCGGGAAGGGACUUCCACACCAGACUGCGUGCGGUCCAGCCUUGGUGGGCAGGAUGGGGGUUCUUAAACUGUUUUUUUUUUUUUUUCCUAAGUUCUGGACAGGGUGGUGGGAGAGGCUGUGGGAAGCAGCUUGGGGCUGAGGUCACUCGCGUGGGAAUUUUGUGUGUAUGUAGGUGGGGUGGGGUGGGGGCCAGUUCCGAGCAGCAUGGCGAGGUGGGGGAGAGUGCAGUUGUGGAUGAAUCUGAGUCACUGAGAUUGUUGGGCUUGUUGGCCUGAUUUCGCAUUUGAGAAGAGAUCUUAUAAUAAAGCUACAGCCGUCGGGGGCUUCCUCUGUG